UUUAAGUGGCAAACUUCGAGCUUGUUUUUUAAUUUGAAUUUUAUUUCAGAUAAACUUUUAUCUAAUGUAAUUAUUUCCUAAUUAGACGAUCAACAACUAAAAAUUCGAAGUUUGAAUUAUGAAACUGCCACAGAUGGUUCCCCAACAUCGAAUUGACGCAACCUCUUAUCGCUUCGAACGGACAUGAAUCCAGGGUCUUGAUGUGGAUUUAGUAGAAAUUUCGAUAUUAAAAUGGAAAGCAGUAACGUAGAAAAAUCGGAAAAAGGCCACCAACAUUUCAAAGAUGGUUUCAUCGAUUUCACAGCCGGCUCGCUAGGUGGAAUCGCUGUAGUUUACGUAGGCCAACCUCUAGAUACAGUAAAAGUGAAAAUGCAAACAUUCCCCGCUCUAUACAAAAACAUGAUAGAUUGUUUCACCAACACGUUCAAAUCCGACGGAAUAUCCCGAGGCCUGUACGCAGGCACCGUUCCCGCACUAGCCACCAACAUAGCCGAAAACUCCGUAUUGUUCUUCGCUUACGGAUUCUGCCAGAAACUCAUGGUGAAUUUAACAAACACCACCGAUAUCGACAGCCUAUCGGUCACCAGUAACGCCACAGCGGGUUUCCUGGCCUCGUUCUUCUCGUCGCUAGCCAUCUGUCCUACGGAGCUGGUUAAAUGCAAGUUACAGGCCAUGCGGGAGACCAACAAACAACUCGAAGCCCAGGGCAAGAAGGCCACUUACAUAGGCCCGGGGGAAUUGACGUGUAAAAUAAUCAAGUCCGAGGGAGUUCGAGGGAUGUUCAAGGGGCUCACGCCUACUAUAGUGAGGGAAAUGCCGGGGUAUUUCUUCUUCUUCGGAGCCUACGAAGGUACGAGGGAGUUCUUCCGUAAGCCGGACCAAAGGAAAGAGGACAUCGGGUUGUUCAAAACGAUGGUGGCGGGGGGAGCCGGAGGGGCGGUAUUUUGGACAAUGCUCUUCCCCGCCGACGUUGCCAAGUCCAGGAUCCAAGUGGGCGGCUUGAACGAUAACAUGUUUACGUUAAUUUACCGGAUACUCAGGCAGGAAGGCGUCGGGGCCUUGUACAACGGGCUGUUGCCCACUUUGGUCAGGGCCGUUCCGGCCACAGCCGCCAUGUUUGUUACCAUCGAAUACAGCAAAAAGUGGAUGCAUUGUGUGGUUUGAGGGACGCGUGAUGAAUUAAUGGAAAUUUCGAUUUUGGAGGCCAUCUGUAUUUAUAAAAUCGAUCUCAAGUUGCUGAAAAUGUUAAUUGUUAAGUACAAAGAUGUUUUGUUUAUUG